CGGCGGCAGCGGGCGCUCCAUCGGUCCUCGGCUCGCUCCGCCGCUCGCCGCUGCCGGGCGCGCUUCCCCCGGCUCCGCCGGCACCUGCGGGCGCCCAUGGAACAGCGGGGCGAGCGCUGCCCCACGGCCCCGCGCCCCGGCGCGAAGUUUCUGCUUGAGAAAUACACAUUCACUCAGCAAAACAAAAACAACUUUUAAAGGUUGUUCUCGGUGGAAAUCACUCUAUGCCCAAUUACCUGCUUGAGUGAAACCCAGACUAAGAACUUCUGUCAUGGCAGCUUUUCUGCUGGGAGCUGUGUUGCUUAUUGUUCAGCCUCAGAUAGUGCCUUCCAGACCAGCUAUAAAUUCAAAUGCUGAGACUUCUUCUCAGUCUGUUCAGAGAGAGCUUUUAAAGAAAACAUCUCAGAAAAAUGACUUGAAGGAAAACAUUCAUUCUAAUGGAUCAUGUCAACAGCUGCCACAGACUAUUAUUAUUGGAGUGAGAAAAGGUGGAACAAGAGCUUUGUUAGAGAUGUUGAGUCUCCAUCCAGAUAUUGCAGCAGCAGAAAGUGAAGUUCACUUCUUUGACUGGGAAGAUCAUUACAGAAAUGGAUUGCAGUGGUAUAUUAAUCAAAUGCCAUUCUCUUAUCCCCAUCAGAUCACCGUGGAAAAAACUCCAGCAUAUUUCACAUCACCUAAAGUGCCUGAAAGAGUUUAUAACAUGAACCAGUCAAUGAGACUACUCCUUAUUUUAAGAGACCCAAGUGAAAGAGUACUAUCAGAUUACACCCAAGUGUUCUACAAUCACAUGCAGAAGCACAAGCCGUAUCCAUCCAUCGAACAAUUCCUGAUUAAAGAUGGUGAACUCAAUGUGGACUACAAGGCAAUAAACAGAAGCUUGUACUACAUUCACAUGCAGAACUGGCUGAAGUAUUUUCCUCUUGAUCAUAUCCACAUUGUAGAUGGGGAUAAAUUGAUCAAAGAUCCCUUCCCAGAAAUAGAAAAGGUAGAAAGAUUUUUGAAGUUAUCACCACAGAUAAAUGCUUCAAACUUUUAUUUCAAUAAAACUAAAGGCUUCUACUGCCUAAGGGACAGUGGUAGAGAGCGCUGUUUACAUGAGUCAAAAGGACGAGCACACCCACAAGUAGAUACCCGGUUACUCGAGAAACUGCAUGAAUAUUUCCAUGAACCCAACAAGAAAUUUUUUGAGCUUGUGGGCAGGACAUUUGACUGGCACUCAUUUGUGGCGAGUUAGUGGUAAGCUUCAGAACCUAUGUUCCAGUGUACAGUUAGAAAAAUUAAAAAGGGCAUUUAAAGUAUAAUUUAUUUGUAAAAUCCAUAAAUACUUCUGUACAGUAUUAGAUUCACAAUUGCCAUAUAUACUAGUUAUAUUUUUCUACUUGUUAAAUUUGAAAACAUUUUGUAUUGUUUUUCAUGGUUGUUAACAUUGUGUAUGAUGUGUCUGUAUGAAGAAACUAAAUUAUUUCAUUGCAGAAGAUGCUCUCUUGAGAAUGUGUUGUCUUUUUAAUAAAUAAGAAAUUCAUUUCAA